AUGGUGACCGAAUGCUGCAUCUCCGGCUUCCAAUGGGAUGGCACGCCCAUAGGUAGCGAAGGCAGGAUCGCAGACAACAACGCCUACAUUGUGGGAGACAGCAAUAAGGUCGCUAUACUAGUCAUAGCAGACCUCUUUGGCUGGUCCUUCACCAACACAAGGCUCCUCUGUGACGCUUACGCUGCUGAGACUCCGGCUACGGUGUACAUGCCUGACUUCUUCGGCGGCCAAGUCAUCGACCCCGCGAUUAUAGCUAAUACCAAUCGCUGGAAUGAAUUUGAUUUGGAGGAGUGGAGCAAGCAGAAUGCGAAGGAUGUAAGGUGGCUGGAGAUUCUGGGUGUCGCGAGGGCGUUGAGGGCUAAGUAUGAUAAGGUGGGUGUUAUUGGGUACUGCUAUGGCGGGUGGAGUCUGUUCAGACUCGGGGACAAGAACCUGAAUGGCCUGGUGGACUGCAUCUCCACAGCCCACCCGACCUGGCUCACGAGAGAUGAGAUUGACACUAUCGGCGUCCCGGUGCAGAUCUGCGCGCCGGAAAUCGACGCCGCGUUCACGCCCGAGCUGAAGGCGUAUGCGAACGAGGUUAUCCCGACGAAGGGCGUGCCGUAUGACUAUCAGUAUUUUCAUGGAGUGGAGCAUGCGUUUGCUACAAGAGGGAAUUUGGAGGAUGAGCGGGAGAGAAGGGCAAUGGUCAGGGCAAAACGGGCGAUGGUGGCGUGGAUGAGGGAGUGGUUGCGUGGAGAGGAUUGA